AUGGUUUUAAUUUUACCAGCAAGAAGAAAAUUUUUAUCAAGUUUAAAAGAAGAUUGUAAAAUAAAUUCAAUUAAAUGUGAAGAUGAUUCUUUAGAACAAAUUACAGUUGAUUUAUUUAGUGGUAACCAAAAAAGUGAGGCAGUAUUAUAUUUUGAAUGGAAUAAUUUAGGAUUAAUGAAUAGAAUUAAUGAACAAUAUCAAACGGUUCAUUCAAUGAAAUUAGCAAUUGAAAAUUUCUUUUUAUCACAUGGUGGUAUUAGUAAAAAUCAUUCAAAUAGUUCAAUAUUAUUUUAUAAUUGGAAUCAGUUGGUUCAUAGUUUAACAUUAUUCUAUGAGAAUAAAGAAUUUAAAUGGAUUAAACGUCAAGAUAGUAUUAAUGAUAUUGGUAUUGGUUACAUUUUCAGUAAAACAAUUGAUGAUUCUGAACCAUUAAUAACAAGAUUACCUUACCUUUUCAAUUCUAUGGUAUUAGAUUCAAAAGAUACAAAACAUUCUGAAAAAGAAAAUAUGGAAAAUUUACAAUCAUCUGAAUCUGAUAGAAUUAGAGCAAAACAAUAA